GUACACGAUACCUAUAGUGAUCUGUCAAUAAAAUUGUUCGUCAAAAUAUCUAGCUCGACCACACCACAUAUAUACUAGAAAGACAAGGCACAUGUACGGCAUCAAAUACAAAAUCUCUGUUACUUGAGGUGCUCAAGGUCGUGUUAGCAACACAGUGGCAAUUUCAACUAAGUGGUGACUUUUGCACCAUUUUCAGUUAAAAUACUUAUUGGAAGGCCCUUUGAAGGAGUUUAACUCUCUAGAGCCUGAUGUCUUUGAUAAGCGAGGUCGGGUCCUCUUUGCGUAAAUAUGUUUUUGAAAAACUUUCCAAAACACCCGGAUGGAAGGUUUUGAUUAUGGAUGAUGCUGCCACACGUGUAUUAUCAUCAUGUUUCAAGAUGCAAGAUAUAACUGAGUACGGUGUAACUCUUGUAGAAUCUCUAAACUGCAAGCGUCAAAAACUAAAUAUGCAUGCAAUAUAUAUCAUGAGGCCCCGAAGAGCAGAAAUAGAAUUGCUUUUACAAGACUUUCCUGAAUCAAAUCCAACUUAUUCCGCUGCGCAUGUUUUCUUUUUGUCUUCUUGUCCGAACGAUUUGCUUAAUCAGAUAAUUGCUUCACAAGCAGUCCGACGUAUUAUGAAUAUGAUUCAAUUGUCGGUGGAUUUUAUUCCCUUGGAAUCUCAUCUGUAUUCACUAGAAGCCACGGAAAGUGCUCAACUUUACUUUUUGCCAUCAGAUAUUGUUCAUGACAAACUCAGUCGAAUCGACCAGAUUGCAGAACAACUUGCUUCUGUUUGCAUAACUUUGCAAGAGUAUCCAAAAAUUUGUUACCAAAAGACAGAGAGUAACCUCGAAUUGGCCCGUCUUGUGCAAGUGAAGUUAGAUACCUAUAAGAGCGAUAACCCGAUUUUGGGUCAGGGCUCACAUAAAGAUCAAAGUCUUUUGUUGAUUGUUGACCGAAGUUUGGAUCCUGUUACUCCUCUUUUGCAUGAAUUGACAUUACAGGCUAUGUGCUAUGAUUUGCUCACUGUGGAGGAAAACACAAUAGAGUAUAGUGGAAAUCGCAAAGCAAAUGUUGCUGAUGGCGAUGCACUGUGGAAGGAAUUUCGACAUCAGCAUGUUGCAGAUGUCACGAGGGCACUUCCUCAACGUGUUCGUGAAUUUGCUGAAAGUAAAAAACAAUUUGUUGAAUUCGAAGAAGCUAAUUUGGAUAAUGUUCCAUCAAAAGAAGAUACAAAUAAAAAUACUGUCGAUAUAAGAGAUUUAUCUGAUCUUAUCAAACGUAUGCCACAAUAUCAAACAGAAUCGGCUAGUUAUGCAGCUGCUUAUCAUAUUGUUGAGACUUGUAUGGCUACAUUCAAAAAAGGUGUUGAUAAACUAUGUGAAAUUGAACAAGAUCUUGUGAUGGGUGAGAAUGCAAAAGGAGAACCUAUAACGGAUCCUAUGCGUGUAUUGGUUGAUAUUUUCAAAUACGAUUUUACAACAGUGGAAGAACGUUUACGUCUUUUACUUAUAUUUACUCUUAUAAAAGAGGGAUUCGCAGAAACACACUUAGAUAAAUUGUUGGAUUGUGCUCAAGUUUCACGUUCGUUCAAACCACUAUUUGCAAGUCUUUCAUUCAUUAUGAAUGCUCAAUUAAUUCAAUCUGAUCCCGUCACUAUAUCGUUGCCUAAUCAGACAAAUGUCCCACAAUAUCAAUUGGGUAGAUGCGUAUCUCUUCUACGUUUACCACCAAUUCCAAAAGUUAGCCAAUUAUUACAAACAUACCUUCCAGUAAAAAAGAAACGUGUAGAUCGUGUUAAUGCUAGUUCAUAUGCAUUAUCACGAUGGACACCGUAUAUUUUAGAUAUUAUGGAACAAGCUAUUUCGGGUAAGCUGGACAAAUCACGUUUUGGAUUCGUUGUAGCAAAAGGUAUUAAAGAUGUGUUUGGUCUCGGUAAUGCAGUGGAUACUAGUUCUAAGGAUUUUAAAAAGCCUUCCGCACGAUUUCAUGCCAGUGGUGUUUUGUCUGCAGGUCCUUCAGCAUCUGUUAGGUCAUCUAGUCCAAAUCCUGGUUCGGAUCGGAAUACAGCUGCUUCUUCUAUGACUGAACACUGUGGUCCUCGCCUUAUAGUCUUUGUUGUUGGAGGUUUCACGUUAUCAGAAGCCAGAGUGGGUUACCAGUUAACGCAAAGAUGUAAGGAAACCCGUCUUGCAGCUAGUGAUAAGAAUACAAAUAAAAUGAAUACACCUACAACAGAAAAUAUUUCAACAAUCCCCGGUGGAGGAGUUGGUUGGAACUGGGAAGUUGUACUUGGUGGUACACACUUGUUGACACCGAAAAUAUUUCUGGAUAAUCUUGAAGGCAUUGCGAAAAUCAUAAUGCCACCAGUUUCAAGUACACCAAUACCUGAAUCAGUACUUCGUCGUGUCUCAAUUAUGAAUCCUUUUCGAGGGUGAAUUAUUGUAGCCAUUAUUUAGUCCAUAACAAUUGGAUUUGGGCUAUUCUCGACUACGCCACGAUUGACAUGUCAUUAUCAGUUACAAUUAUUUGCAAUAAGUCUGUAAUUUUUUUUAUUACCGAGACUACAUUCCAUAAUAUCUAUUUUUGCUUAUCAACUGUGAUUUUCUUCUACUGUAGAAGACUAUUAUUUGUUAUUAAUCUUUUCUGUGUUAACAUAUCUCAGUGAGAAAGCUGUCCAUGUCAUUUGUAAUCUCCUUUUUUUCAAAAAAUGGAAAAACUAUUUGUUCUUUUUCUAAAUUUAAUUUUUGAAACCCCUGAAAGAAAGAUGUUCAUGUGCAAACAUUCACUAGCUUGAUAUAAUGAUGUUCGUUUUUACUGAAUCUAUUUUUUUCUAUUGUAACUUGGUGUGUAUGUGUGAAUGACCAGAAAUAUUGCCUUAAAUUACAUUGUGAUACAUUGAUUUUACUGGACGAGAAUUUGUUUGUUAUUCUACUGGGAACUCACCAGUUAGAAGCUUUUGUUGAUUUGAUAAGUGUAUCUCAAGUCACCUCGAAACACUGAAGAAUUCCUCCUUGAAAUGUUAAUUCCUGUAUUACAAGCAAUAUUUAUACGAAUGCGUCAUGAAAAUAAACAACAAUAAGACUUUAUUACCAGUAAGAGAAUAAGUAUGAAAACACGUAAUUCGUCAUUGUUUAUCUUACCGAUGUUUACAAAGUGAUCAACGGAGAUCAUAUAUAUCUGGCACUUAUUAAGGAAUAUAUGACUACCCCUUGAAAUCCAUACAUAACAUAGGUUUUAUGUAAAACAACGACUCUGUCCACCGCACUUUCAUUUAGUAUCUGUUAGUUCCUUGCUAUCUAGUGUCAAAUUUUCCCUUCAUUGUGAACACCUGUAUGAUACUAUUAAUUAUAGGCAAUAUUUCCCUCUGGUACAUUUGCUCAGCAUUUUUUUGAAUUUGGUAUGUCCAUGAGAAAAGAAGCAACGGAAAACACUACCUUCGGAUAUACAGUCGAUAACUGUUCAUUAAUUCUUUUUGAAACUUUGUUUUUGUCACUCCAGCUUAUAAGUACCAUGUACCAAAUUUAACUUUCGGUAAUUGUCUGAAAUUAUAAUAACAUCAAUUCUCCAA